GAGCUGUUGGUUUCGGAAUUGUCCUAGGUAUUUCCAGAAGAUUUAAGAUCUUUACGCGAAGGGAGAAAUUGGGAAAAAAUUCUGGAGCCGGUCCUACAAUAGUUUGUGUGUGUCAAUUUUAUCGGAAAUCCUGUAAAAAGUUGGGCGAAGAACUCCCUGAAUUCUUGAAGAUAUUAAGAAAUUCAUUGUGCAGUUGGGGAUUUUUUUUAAUGUCAAUACCAGAAUUCUUUUCAAUCCUCUUAUCAUCGACAACGUUUAGUUUACCGAAGUGUGCCGAACAACUUCACUCGGAAGUUCCAUAUUGAGAGUUACAAAACGUGGACAACGUCAACAUAUGUUUUGUAGAAUUAACAGAUAUUUAAUGAUUAUUAUUUUUUCCGUAAAAGCUUAAUUAAUCUUAUCAACCGCGAAGUAUUUGUGCGAUUCAAAUUAGUCAGUGUGAGGUGUCGAACGGAAAAUGAAGAUUGUCAUUUCAUUUUUAAUAUUUUUCUUUCCGGUAUUCAGUUACUGUACAAAUGAAUUCGGAGAACCGUGGCUGGUUCAGGUAAAGCUGAAGAAUAAAAAAACAAUGUCUUUAAAUCUCACCCUCACCGACGGCAUUCUAAUUGACAGUGAAACUCCUGUAUUCCGAGCUAAACGUAAAAAUUCGAAUCGUAAAAUUGAAUAUACUCCCAGCCACGAGGUUAUGCGUAGGAUUGGAAAUUUCGAUCUUUACCAAGAUUAUGCAAACAAAGCUGCCGUCGUUGUAUUCCAUAAAGGCAACAUAACUAUGGGCUGGGUACAACAACAACGCUUGGAAGAACUGACAUACACACAAACUAAUCCCGAUGUUGUGAUUCACAAUCGCAAUAAAUCAUUUCCCUUCCGGACAAAGCAGUCAUCCUCACGAUAUCCUUCGACAGUUUGGUCUAUUGGACUGCGACCACCUCAAACCGGUCGUUCCCAAUCACCGUACGUUCGGACGAUUCCAGAUGUUGUUUAUCCGGAAAUAUUGAUUCAAAUAGACGUAGAUGAUGCCAGAAAGGACGAAGAUACAGCCGUACGACAAAUGAUAGCAUACUGGAACGGUGUCGACAUGCUAUUCAGUAAACUUGAAAAUCCUCGAAUCAAGAUGAAUAUUGCUGGUCUCAUAAUUCCUAUGGAUAACUAUACAACUCCGUGGUUCAGCGAUAAUGAACAUCGGAACGAGAACAAUAUGACUUAUAUCCAAUCUGGUGAUGCGCUCGAGUCCCUCGGAAUCCACUUUUCGACACUCCGUCAGCAAUUCCCCGAUUAUAAAUAUGACUUGAUGUUCAGCUUCGUAUCUUCUCGAUUUGAUUCUCAGAGGUCGAGAUUAGGAAUAUCUUUCGUGAAUGUCUCUUGUGCGUAUAGAGAAAGACGAAUAGCUUUGAUUUCUACUUUACACAGUUACACAAUAGCUGCACAUGAACUUGGACAUGCAUUUUCUUGUGCACACGAUAAUCGCAACAGUGGCUCCGGAAUCAUGAAGGGGUUGUAUAACAAUUGGAAUCAGCAGGAGUGGUCAAACUUUUCUCAAUCGCAAAUGAAAGAUUAUUUCAGCACAGCACGAAGUGAGUGUUUCGACAAUUGUCCUUCAACAAUGAAGAAUUGCCUGCCACCAUUAAGCCUGCACUGUGUGGUGUCGGCCAGAUUCAUUUGCCAUAUGGCAGGGUAUAAUUACAAGCGCCAGUCGGUGGACUGUGCGAGCGGUUUACUAUGUCAUGAUCGCGAUGAAGAUCGGCCAAAUCGGACAAUUCUCUUACCAAUUCCGAAUGGAAUGGUAUCAUCGAGGUGGUCUCGUUCGAAGACACCUGCUACGAUUUGCCAUGAGGGUGAACGCAUCGACUAUGACGAGAAAAUUCCUCAAUGUGAAACGAAAUAUUGAGGGUGGCAUUAAGAAAUUUUAUUUUGAAAAAACUUGACUACAAUUUCAAUUCAUAUUUCAUCGCAGGAAUAUUCUUCAGUCAGCCGUCAUUCCAGCCGCAAUAACUUCUGUAUAUUGAAUAUAUGUAUAAUUGUGAAAUAUGAAGUUUAAAUGAACGCAUUAACUGACCUAGAAA